AUGUUUGUUGAGGGGUGGGUAGAGUACGAGAACAAGGCGCACGCCAAGCUGGCGGCGGAGGUACUGAACAAUCAGCGUGUGGGGGGGAAGAAGAACAACUUCCACUACGACGACCUGUGGAAUGUCAAGUACCUGCCCAAGUUUAAAUGGCACCAUCUCACGGAACGCAAGACGUACGAGAACGCCGUACGGGAGAAGCGAUUGGAACUCGAAAUGCGCCAAGCAACCAAAGCAAACAACUUCUACAUGGACAAUGUGGCUAAGGCACGCAUGUUCAAGGACAUGGACGAGCGCAAGGCAGCUGCACACACACACAAGGAUGGCAAACAGAAGGAGGGUGGUAGUAGGGCUGAGGGUACUAUGGCUAAGGAGGAUAAGGUGCUACGGACGUUUAGGCAAAGGCCCAUUAUCGAAUAA